UACAGAUCAAUACCACUCGUCAAGAUGCAUUUCCAAAAUCAAAUGUUGUAUAAACUCACCUUUGGUACAUUUUUAAUGCUAUUGGCCCACAGUGCAACGGCCACAGAUAUGCUAAGGGAUGGUGGAGAUUCCCUGAAUUCGUUGUAUGACAAUCUGUUACAACGUGAAUACAUCGGGCCCAUUGCCUUUCCCAACCAUCAGGUGGAACGUAAGGCUCAACGAUCGCCAUCACUGAGGUUAAGGUUUGGUCGGCGCAGUGACCCCGAAAUGUUAACUCAACUACCCGAAAAACGUUGGUUCGGUGAUGUCAACCAGAAACCGAUACGAUCUCCCUCGUUGCGUUUACGAUUUGGUAGACGCAGUGAUCCCAACAUGCCCAUCCACAGCCCCUUUGAUUUGUUGAUGAAUGCCCGUCAGAAUGUUGAUGCCAGCAGCUCGGCCAACACCAAUGAUGACUACAAUGAUAUUUUCGAUAAUUACUAUGAACGUGUUGUUCGCAAACCCCAACGUUUGAGGUUCGGACGUAGUCUACCCUAUCAAAGUGAUUUGACUUCUGCUGCUGCUGCCGAUAAUUUUGAAAAUAACGAUGACUCAAAUCUAUCGAAUACCGGCGAUGAUGAUUUCUAUAAUUCUCUGUUGCAUUCACAGAAAUUGAGAAAUUUACUAUUGACUCUGAGGCAAUUCCAGGAAGCUAAUUCACCCGCUAACAAUGACGAAUCCACAUCGAUGGAAAAUGAUAUGGAUGAAUUUGAACGGGCCAUUCGCAAGCCAGCACCAUUGCGUUUACGCUGGGGUCGCAGUACCGGUGGUCGUAGCACACAAAUGAUGAAUGAGGAUAAAACCAAAAUGGAAUUGGAUGAAAAGAAAAAAAUUUCACCAAUUUCCAACAACGUGGAGAAGACCGAAACCCAACAACAAAACAAAGACUAAAUUCAU